GUUGAGCAGUAUACUGGCAUACUUUAGAUAACGCAUAACACAAAAAUAGAUUUUUAAACCUGUGUUUUCAUCUUUUUGGAGUUUUAGAUAAUAGAAAUGAAUAUAUUGGAACAACAUAAAUGGUUUUAACAAAGUCAGGUCAUAAAAUGUGUUGAAAUAUCUGGAAAAAGAGUGAUCCAUCGGAAGAAUUAAAACAGCAAAAUAACAAGUGCAACAUCCCCCACGCACCCUAGCACCGGCUUUAGCGGUACCCAAUUCUCAACACUUAAAAAUGCUGGAUUUUAUGAUCCCAAAGGACCAAAAAAUAUAACAACACUGAAGUGAAGUACGAGUCAACUUUUUACGGCUGUCACACAGAACUUGACACCUGAUGUUGUGAUGUGUAAUGAAGCAUUGAUUUUUACCUGACAGCGUUAUAAGAUUAGGAUGCAUCACUUUCCGAGUACAUUACACUUUGCAGUUGGGCUGCAAUUCUGGAAGAAUUUAGCAGGGAAAUGUAUACUAGAAUUUGGAAAAAUUGUUUGCAUCUUAGUUUUAUGGCUUCAUAUUGUUUUUGACCUUAAUCCGGAUAUUAUUGUAUGUUUGUUCAUAUUAUUUAAAGUACAUGAAAUGCCGUAUUAUGGAACGUUUAAUACAACGAGCUGGAUUGAUAUAUUUAGACAAAUAGUUUACAUCGUACUAAUAGCAGUAUACUGGCCUUUGUGCCUUGGUUACGAGGGUCCUAAUUUCACAUCCAUUUCCUUAUAUAUAAUUCUCAGCUGUGUCGAAUGUUUUGGAGACAGUUGUGCUCAUCCUUACAUUUAUGGAUCAAAUCAAAGUCAAUCAGUUUUGGAUUAUUGUGAUCUAUGUUCUGUCGUAGCUUAUCUAACGAAAAAGUAUGUGUUUGGUUACCGUAGUAUAAUUGCGUUAAUAUUCACUGUUUUCCACCAAUAUUGUCACUUGAGUUUUGUAUUACCUGCCUGUAAGCAAAUAGAACAUAGAAUUAAGGAAGCAUAUUUAAGCUUACGAUCGUAUAUUGUUCUACGGCAUAGAUUUUUGAAAAAGUAUGGCAAAAGGAAAGUCUGCUGUUAUUUUCUAAUUUUUGUACUGAAAAUAUGUACUAUUUUGAUGUUUUCAAUAGGAAUAAUAAAAAUGAACCAACAGAUUUCCGUUAUGUACAGAGAAUACGGUUGGCAACAGACGAUAGAUUUUUCAAAUGAAAGUUUGUUUGAUUAUAGAUUCACUAGCAUGAACAACUAUUCACAUCCAUUGUUAUAUACAUUUGAAAAGUGCAUCCAAAAUACAUGUUCAACAGUAAUAUCUAACAAAGCAGAAGAAAGCUAUUUAAGAAAAUGUGACAUCAAGAAAACCACAUCAAAUGAACAUGUAUUAUUAUCUGUUAAGGAUAUCAAUUGGGAUAGAAAUAGUGUGUAUGUUUGGACUUUUAACGAUGUACCCGUUUCUAAAAUCAGUGCAUAUAAAUAUGUUCAAGUGAGAAAACCACCAGAUUUUUACUUGAUUAUAAGGAAUGUGAAUAGCUAUGACUUUGGAACAUACACACUUGUUAAACAAAUGUGUGUCAAUCUAAGUAAUUGUGAAAAUACGCCUUUUUACAGGCCGCACAAACUUCUCAUACAAAAUGAGAUUAUACCGGUAGGAGCCAUAGCAUGUACUCAUCUCAUUGAACAGGACAGUAAUUUGAUUAUCCAUGCUUCCUUAGGAGAAUUGAUAAAACUGGCUAAUAUAACUGUGAUUAUGGAAAAAGGAGAUACUAGUACCAUUUAUGAAUUUCAAAGUGAUUCCUUUUGGCAACGAAAUGAAAACAAGUGCGGUGUUUUCACAAAAUCAAAAUUCAAAACAGGUUAUUCAAUGGAAAUAAAUGAUAUCACGGAGCAAUGGUGUGUAAUAAAACUACAAAUGUUAUUUUGCGUCUCUCCUGACUUAUACUGGAACCAAAAUUACAUCUUGUACUGGAUCAAUAACAUUCCCAUGCAUUAUACACUUUCUUUUGAACCGCCGCUUGUUGAUCUUUUUAAUAAAGAAUUUCUUGAUUAUUAUCUACAGUGUGAACAUAUGGGCUACGCCUUGAAGACAUUUUACAAAUGCAUUGAUACAUUUUAUUUUCAAGACAAACAUUUGUUGAAUGUAACUUUAAAACAAUACGAUAUAAUGAAACGUAAAGAGUUGGCAGUCUAUGUCUGUCUUUUUAUAGUCUACUAUUUGCUGUUUGUGUUUUGUCUUAGCAUUCUUGAUAAAUUGUUAUUUCAUAUAUUUCAUACACAAGUUAGAAAUGUUAUAAGUAAUAUGAAUUUGUUGUCAACUAAGCCGUUUGAAUUUGACAUUUAUCUAUCCUACAAUGAUGAAUUUCCAAAUGACAGAAGCUUCGCCGAAGAAACAAUUAAAUAUAACCUAAUACAAUCCAAAGGGUACAAAGUUUGUGAUUGUGAAAAUAUAAAGCUCGGCCAACACAGACGUAUAGCAUUUGAGGAAAACAUAACCAAAAGUAAAUUGCUGGUUAUACUUCUAUCUGCCGAAUAUUUAAAAAACGAGAUAUGUAUGCAGCUGGAAUAUGAAUAUACUCUGUUAUCUCUUAUUGGAGCAUCGAAAAUAUCUAGAGACAACGUUUUAAUACUUAAAAUGGAUACUUGUCCACGAGACGCUAGACCGUUGACUCAAGUCCACGUGCUUGACUGGACUGACACGGUAAAUAACUUACGAACGGAGUCAGAAAAGAAGGAGAAACUGCACGAAUGGUUGGUUCAACGUUUCAGAAAACCUGGAAAACUUAAAAUGUCUUUAAUUUCUUGGGUUCUGUGUCCUAUCUUACGAAUGAUUGGCUUAGAUUUGCAACCAGGGAAUAUUGAAAGACAAUGACAACGAUGGUGGUAUAAUUUAUACUUACAUGACAUAGUGCUUAAUUAUUUAUUAUGUAAGCAUUGUCACUGCUUGUUGUAUAAGAUAACAAUUUUAUUUCAAUCCUCUAAUAAAAAUAUCGUUUGACACAUUUGUGACAAUUAUGAAAACUGUUUAUGAUUAUGAAAUAAAUUUUAGUA